AUCGAUUUUAUUAAGCUUUUGUUAUUUUUCUAUGUAUUCAUCGGAAUUAAUUUAUGCAUCGAUGUUCUCUUCAGAUAGUCGAACUGCUGGACGCUUUUCCAGCGGGCUUGGAUUUCGUCAUGGUUUUCGAGUACAUGCCCUCGGGACUGUGGGAGCUAUUGAAGGAUUACGACAAGGCUCUGACGGACUCGCAGAUCAAAACUUACACGAGGAUGCUUCUGGAAGGCGUCGCUUACAUGCACGCGAAUAACAUUAUGCACAGAGAUUUGAAACCGGCUAAUCUGCUGAUACGAGAAGACGGAGUUUUGACCAUAGCCGAUUUCGGCCUGGGCAGAUUGAUGUGGGAGGACAUAAGUCGGCCGUAUUCGCAUCAAGUAGCCACCAGAUGGUACAGGGCACCAGAGCUGCUCUACGGAGCUAGAUUUUACACGGCGGCUAUCGACAUGUGGGCAGUCGGCUGUAUCUUCGGCGAAAUGCUGAACAACUCGCCGCUUUUUCCAGGCGAGAGCGACAUCGAGCAAUUGGCGAUAGUUCUGGGACACCUAGGGUCACCCACUGCAGAGUCCUGGCCGGAAUUGAGCUCUUUGCCCGACUACAAUAAAAUAACUUUUCCUUACCACAAGGGCGUCUUGUGGGAGCGCAUAGUGCCCGACGCACAACAGGAGGCUGUAGACCUCUUGCGGAAUAUUCUGAUAUACGACUCGUCGAAACGACUGACCGCAGAGGAGGCGCUUCGACACGUGUACUUCAAUACCAAGCCGUAUCCUUGCACGAAAGCCGAGCUGGUGAAACCGCCGACCGAUCAUCGGACUCGUCUCAAGCCGAAAGAGGUCGAGACCAACGUUAAAGCAUCGACUUUAUUCAGAAACAUGCUCAGCAUCAUAUGAAUAAAUUGUUUCCAUUUUGAACAAA